AUGCCUCGAAGGAGGUUAACGGAAGCGGAAAGGGAAGCUAGCAGAGAAAGAAUCCGGCAGCUCGAUGCUGAGCGAAAGCGCCGACGCCGACUACCGCAAUCGGGUCUGGAGCAGGAUCACGAUGGGCACACUCAAUCCGAGCACGGUCAAGUUAUGCAGAAGACCAAUCCUGAACCAGCAGUAGGACGGGACAGCGAGCAACCAAGCACAAGCGGCUACGGGAAUCAGAGUUCCUCAGGUAAGAACAAGGAAAACUAUGAUUCCAACACUACAUCUUCCACAUGUACUGCUGUAGUUAUCAAUAUUUAA